GAACCGGAUCGCGACCUGACGUGAAAAAGUGUAUCACAUCACAUAACAUUUUUCGUAUUAAAUUGGAACGUAAAUUGUGUGCCCGCGACGAGACAGGAGUUUUCACCGAGGCAAACCGAGUGCCGAGGAGUGGCGCCAGGAGUGAAGGCCAGGGAGAAGUACUCCUAGAUCGAAUAAAUCCAAAUCGAACGAACAACCCCCUUAAAAAAAGUCCCCCGCAUGCAAUUCUGAUUGAUUGAGAGCACGAGACCACGAGAUCGAGAUGCACUCGUCACUCAACUGGACCUCGCGCCUGAUCUCGCGCGCCCUGCGCAGCAGCUUCUCCACGCUCCUGGAGACGGCCACUGGCGGAGGAGGGGCAGCUACCAAAUCCGGAGGAGCAGGAGCAGCAGGAGCAUCCAGCAGACCCCGUUUCGUUUCGGUGGUCUGCGGCUUCGCCAAGGACAACCUGCGACACAAGUACAAGCCGGGCAAAUACGGCGAGGACUCCUGGUUCAAGGCCUCCACCGCCAGCGCGGAUGUAAUGGGCGUGGCCGACGGAGUGGGCGGCUGGCGGAGCUAUGGCAUCGAUCCCGGGGAGUUCUCCUCCUUCCUCAUGCGCACCUGCGAGCGGCUGGUGCAGUGCAGCCACUUCAAUCCCCAGCGACCCGUCAACCUGCUGGCCUACAGCUACUGCGAGCUGAUGGAGCAAAAGAAGCCCAUCCUGGGCAGCAGCACAGCCUGCGUGCUGAUCCUCAACCGGGAGACGAGCACCGUGCACACGGCCAACAUCGGCGACAGCGGGUUUAUGGUGGUGCGGCAGGGUCAGGUGGUGCACAAGUCGGAGGAGCAGCAGCACUACUUCAACACACCCUUCCAGCUUUCGCUGCCACCGCCAGGACACGGGCCCAAUGUGCUGAGCGACAGCCCCGAAUCGGCGGACACCAUGAGCUUCCCGGUGCGCGAUGGCGAUGUUAUACUCAUCGCCACCGAUGGAGUAUUCGAUAAUGUUCCGGAGGAUCUGAUGCUGCAGGUGCUCAGCGAGGUGGAGGGCGAACGGGAUCCCGUCAAGCUGCAGAUGACGGCCAACAGCCUGGCGCUAAUGGCCCGCACGCUGUCCUUAAACAGCGAGUUCCUCUCGCCCUUUGCACUCAGCGCUCGGAGGAAUAACAUCCAGGCGCGGGGCGGCAAGCCGGACGACAUCACCGUCGUCCUGGCCACCGUGGCCAUGUGAGGUGGUCAGCCAUCCUCCCCUAGUGAUUAACGUUUACUUGUAGUCCGUACGUGUUUAGUUAGCUUUAGGAGCCUGUUCCCUGGUUCUGUCUACCGUUUAAGCUGCAUGUUGAGAUUGAGAAGAUGAGAGGACGACGCAGUGACCCCCCUUUGAAUUGUUAGUUACAUAUAUAAACGAGCAAACUCAUUUUCGAACAACCGACGCAUCCUGAUUGUAUACAUAACCCUCGCUAUAAGUAGAGAAAUGCGAACUAUCUGCUAAUCAACCACAAACAAUAAACAAAAAACAAGCGAUUGCGAAACAAACUUCGAAGCCGAGAAUCCGGAAAACGAAUUGCGACGAGUGCAGCUAUCUGACUGAGGACUAGGAUUAGCCGGGAUUGAACCCAGGCCAACGAACUGUCUUUAAAAAAAAAAUUUUGUCGAAAUGUACUCACUGAUAUUUGCGACCCAAUAAAAAUUAUUCAUUGAAAAUCAACAA